ACGAUCGCAAAGAAAUCGAGUUUCGACGCAAACUACGAUAUCCGCCGGAAGCCGCGGGACACCGCCGCGCCGCCGGUCGAGGCUUUAGUUUUUGUUGUUUAGCUUUAGAUAUAGCAUAGCUAGCAUAGUUGUUAGUGCUGGCUUUCAAUAUAGAGGUCCUGGAUUCCAGAAUUUAACAUUAGCAACCUUUUCCCCGGUUGGGCGGUUGAGAUUUUCUUAAUCGGUCCAGGUCUGGCUUGUGGGAGGCUUCGGCCGUGGCUAGUUACACUACCGGCAAAGACGUACCGCCAAGCGUUUUAGCGUUCUGGUACGAUGCCGUGUAGAAACCGAAAGGGGUGUUGAUUUUCAUCCUCUGCCUAAAAAGUUAUCCCGCUUCCAUCUUAGAUUGCAUCAUCACUUACCAACAGGUGAGAUUGUAGUCAAGGGCUAAAUUGUAAAUAAUAAAAAAAAAAACAAAUAAGCCUGCAAACUUUUAUUGGAAUAGUGUGGUGGGUCAAAGCUCCGUAUUCUCUGUCCUAUAUGGAUGUUAAUAUAGGCUGAUGAUGAUGAUAAUGCAGGUAUUAAAAAGCAUGAAAGUUUCCUCCCUUAAGCUUAUUAACGAGGUCGAGUAAAUCCCAAAAUCCUCUCAUCUGCUCCCCAUCAAGGAAUGGGGAUGAUGACUAGGUUUGAAUAUAUUGAUUUUUAUAAUACAUUCGGGUAAAUAAGGUCAAUGUUAACUAAUUUAUAUAUAAAAAGCAAAGAUUGUCUGGAUAUUUGCAAAAUAAAUGAGAUUAUAAAAUUUCAAAAUCUAUUAAAAAUCUUUUAUCGUAAUUAGAUGAAAAUUCAUACAUUUUUAGCUUCCUUACAUUAAAUGUGACAUUUUUUAUUAAAUGAACUAUAAACAUAAACGCACAAAUAACAAAGAUAUUAAUAAUUUUGUUUGUACGCACAUACAAAUCUAACGAUUACAUUGCCUACGACGUCAUUAGUUCGUGCCAUUUUGUAUGGGGCGAUUUUCAGGGAUCCGCGGCGACGCCGCAAAUCUGACCCUUUAAAUCCCUGUAGCUCCGAAAGUAAUGAUCGCAGAUACCCUGUUACUUUUACAAAAUUGCUUUACUAUUAGCAUACUCUUAAUUUAUAUACAAUUUAAAAAACUGUCAUCAUCCCUAUUGUCAAAAUUUCAACUUGUUUUGACUCUACAGAGGAUGCGGAGUCGACGGCGUGCAGGUGAGACGCGGCGGAGGCGACGCUGAGAUGUCGCAGCCUCCCUUCCUGCCGUGGGGGCUGCCCCCGCCUUCCCCGCACGCCUUGCACCACAGGUGACGUACUGACUACACUACACUACACUACACUACACUACACCAUCAGACACAGACGGCGUGCCGGUGAGACGCGGCGGAGGCGACGCUGAGAUGUCGCAGCCUCCCUUCCUGCCGUGGGGGCUGCCCCCGCCUUCCCCGCACGCCUCGCACCACAGGUGACGUACUGACUACACUACACUACACUACACUACACCAUCAGACACAGACGGCGUGCCGGUGAGACGCGGCGGAGGCGACGCUGAGAUGUCGCAGCCUCCCUUCCUGCCGUGGGGGCUGCCCCCGCCUUCCCCGCACGCCUCGCACCACAGGUGACGUACUGACUACACUACACUACACUACACUACACCAUCAGACACAGACGGCGUGCCGGUGAGACGCGGCGGAGGCGACGCUGAGAUGUCGCAGCCUCCCUUCCUGCCGUGGGGGCUGCCCCCGCCUUCCCCGCACGCCUCGCACCACAGGUGACGUACUGACUACACUACACUACACUACACUACACUACACUACACUACACCAUCAGACACAGACGGCGUGCCGGUGAGACGCGGCGGAGGCGACGCUGAAAUGUCGCAGCCUCCCUUCCUGCCGUGGGGGCUGCCCCCGCCUUCCCCGCACGCCUCGCACCACAGGGAGGCUGCACCGCGGCGCGACUCGUACGAGCACCUGCACCCGCAGCACCCGGCGCUGUACUCGCACGCGCGCACGCACGCACCCGACCACACACAAUGUAAGGGCGAGGCGGAGGAGACACGUGUCGACUACACAGACUACCUGCACAGAUGCGGCUACACGAAGUGCGCGGGCGAGACGGAUUGCGGCGAGCCGCGCGGCGAAACGCGCGUCGAGCCGCGCGACGAGCCCGUCUCCAGCAGCGUGGAGAGCUGGGGCGACGCACUCGUGAGCAGCUCGCACUGCGGCGAGUCGCGCGCGCGCGCGUCGCCGCCGCCGCAUCACGUCUCCACAACACACGGCAGCGGCGGGCGUCGCGGUGCGCUGCAGUUGUGGCAGUUCCUGGUGUCUCUGCUGGCGGAGGGCGCGCGCUGUGUGGCGUGGACCGGCCGGGGACUGGAGUUCAAACUGCACGAGCCAGAGGAGGUGGCGAGACGCUGGGGCGCGCAGAAGAACCGUCCCGCCAUGAACUACGACAAGCUGUCCCGCUCGCUGCGCUACUACUACGAGAAGGGGAUCAUGCAGAAGGUUGCUGGCGAGCGCUACGUGUACAAGUUCGUGUGCGACCCCGAGGCGCUGUUCAGCAUGGGGCGCGCGCCCCCCCCGGCGCCCUACGACGUGCUGUCGCUAUACGCGCCCUACCCCGCGGCCCCCGCGCCCCCCGCGCCCGACUACCGCCGCUACUACCCGCACGCGCACUACGACGCCUGACCCACUCACACCAUUACACUCAUCAUCAUCAUCAGCCGACACGUUCAUCACUAUACUAGUGUCGUAUCCAGCUAGAAAGUACCAGGGCAUCAUCUCUCAGUAAAAACUCUCACGUAUCAUGUCACGAUUCGCUAAGAAUUACCAGAAUCAUCAUCAUAAGUCGAUGUACAUAGCUGAAAACCGGCUUUUCUUGAGGACUUCCAAACGACACGGUUUUGAGCCAUCAGCAUCCACAAUAAGUAAGAAAGUACUAGGGUAGCAUGCCUGAGUAAGAAUUUACAUAACAUAUGUCACAAUCAGCUCAAUAGUAAACAUCAUCAGUACGACGCCUGACUUACAAUCAACAACUAACUCAUCAUCAUCAUCAGCCGAUGGACUUUCGAACACGGUUUACAGCCGCGUCCAGUUGGUAGUACCAGGGUAUCAUAUCUCAGUAGGAACUCUUACGUAUCAUGAGUCACAACUAGCUAAGAAUUACCAGAAUCAUCAUCAACUAGCUAAGAAUUAUCAGAAUCAUCAGAACGAACAACUGUCACACGUAUAGGCAAUGAUAUUAGAGACGAAUUUACAAAUUUGCCGCCAGUAGGCAGCAGGCUAUUGAUUUUUUGCAGCCCCUACUGAACUCUGAAAUUCGAUAGUUAUCCUAGUUCGUAAUCAAUACUCGUGUCAAUAAAAUUGUAAGUUUUAAUAUUUUAGUAGGAAUAAUGCAAAAUUGCUGUAAAGAGAAAGUUUUUUUGGUCAAAUUUGCCGCCCCCUGAAGUCUCCCGCCCUAGGGUACAGUCUACUUAGCCUAUAAAUCCACCUCUGAAUGAUACACAAUAAUCCAUGACAGGACAAGCGAUCAAGAUAAUUUUUUUGGUAUAAUGGUAAAUGGGAUCUUGGAGCAAAACAUAGGAUACUUUUUGACCCUAAAAUAAAAACAGAAGCGGAUGAAAUAGGGGUUGAAAGUUUGUAUGGAAAGUUUAAUUUUUUGAGUUUUAAAAUUUUGUUCACAAAUCAUAAAACAAUACGUAAUAUAGAGUGAUUCAGGAAUUUUUAAAAUUUAACGCCUAAUGUGGUGAAAUGGGUGUUGACUCCCAAAAUAAUCAAAUCUCAAUCGGAUAAUUCGUCGUCAAGGGUUAACUUAAAACAACUUAAACUAGGCUAAGCUAAAUAGUAAUAUAAUUAAAAUGUAACACAAUGUGCAAUACUAGUAUGUAAGAUUGACAUGAAGGUAAUUUUAAGAAAUUCUGUGAAUAAAUACUUAAUAAACAUUUUUUUCUGUCAAAAUA